AAUUUUCUAGCCCAUUCUCUCCUGUGGCACCGUGGUGGGCAGAAACUUGAGCAGCUGACUUUGUGAUGCACAAUCACAUAACGCAGAUUGUUUAGUUUUUCCUCUCAGAAAGUCUUUUGCUGUUGUUUUUCUCGCGGUGAGAAAGUGGAGAUGAACCAAUUGGACGGAUAUUGCAGCGCGUAAAGAUUGUGGAUGGUUACUUUUGCGCAUAAACAUUUAAAUGACCAUUUCGCCUCCAAAAGUUGCAGUAUAAUACAAGAACAGGUGAAAUUCUCAUCUCUGCAAAGAUAUCGCCCACAAGCAGGCUGGAAGACCAUCCACUCCGGAGAACACCGCGAAUCCGCAGAGCGCAGAUGAUCGCAACUGGUGUUUGUGGCGUCGCGCUGGUGCUGGUGUUGGUGGUUCUGAUCCCUGUCGUGGUGAACUCCGCCGGGACUCCUGCCCGCUACGAGAUGCUCGGAUCCUGUCAAAUGGUGUGCGACUCUCACGGGACCGCAGCUACAGCUACGGCCAAGGCAACCAACCCGAUCAAAGACAACCGCCUGGUCCAGUCGCUUCCGACGUUUAUCCAAGGUCCUCAAGGGGAGCCGGGGCGCGCCGGGAGGAUGGGACCGAGGGGUCCGGUUGGCGAGCCCGGGCCACCUGGACCUGCGGGUCCUCCCGGAGAGAGAGGGGUACCGGGCCCUCCGGGUCCACCCGGAGCACCCGGAGUAAAUGGGCCCAACGGUGCCAUCAGCGCUGCCACUUACAACACAGUCCCAAAGAUUGCAUUUUAUGCAGGACUGAAGAAGCAGCAUGAGGGAUAUGAAGUGCUGAAAUUCGACGACGUAGUCACAAACCUUGGCAACCACUAUGAUCCCGCCACAGGGAAAUUCACCUGCUCCAUACCGGGGAUUUACUUCUUUGUUUACCAUGUGCUGAUGCGGGGCGGAGAUGGAACCAGCAUGUGGGCUGACCUCUGUAAAAACAAUCAGGUGAGAGCCAGUGCCAUCGCCCAAGACGCCGACCAGAACUACGACUACGCCAGCAACAGUGUGGUCCUACACCUCGAGCCCGGGGACGAGAUUUACAUCAAACUGGAUGGCGGGAAGGCGCACGGGGGCAACAACAACAAGUACAGCACCUUCACCGGCUUCAUGUUGUACGCUGAUUGAAACACGGAAGAGUUCUGCUGAGGGAGGGGGAUCUGCUCUGCAUAUAGCUUGCUUCAUUGCUCGGUCUCAAUUCAAUGUCAGAUGGAUUAUUAGAGACAGAGCUCACCAUCUCCAUAUUGCAAAAAGGGUGAAGGAAGAUGUGGAGGAAGUCGUGCGAAAAAAAGAGAGACAAUGACUGUUCUUUGCAAUAGCGAUGCGCUUACAGUGUAAUUACAGGAUAGUAAUAAUGAGAUUUACUUUAUACAGCGUUGACUUGUACCCUUGUCGGAUUGAUUAGUGCACUUGAAUGAACUCUAGCUUCACAAAUUAAGUUUGCUGAUGUGUCAAACAUACUGUAGCUGCUGUGGUUAACACAUACUGAGUGAAUGUAGAUUAAAAAAUAUAUUGACUUUUAAUACUGAAGUAUAGAUGCUAAAAUGAUACAUAAUCACCACUCUGUUCACAGUGUUGCUUGUCCAUGUGUGCUUUAUUUCUCAAACAUAUGUGAUAGUUGUUGCACUCUGAGUGAUAAUGUUUAAAGCUGUAGUGAUGCAUGAUUAAAGAAAUUAACAGUUUAACUCUGUGCAGCAUUAAAAAAAAAAAAAAAAAGACUUUAAA